AUGUUCACUCUUUCAGAAUAUGAGAUUCUCACUGUUACUGGUGACCGAUCAAAUGGUGGAACUAAUGCCAAUGUAUUUUGUACUUUAUUUGGAAAAUCAGGAAUAACAAAAAGGUUUCAUUUAAAAUCAACAGAAAAGGGACUAUUUGAAAGGGGUACUACAGAUUCCUUUAGGUUUCCGUCAAACUGUGUUGGCCCUAUGAAGAAAAUACGCAUUGAACAUGACAAUACUGGAAUUGGUGCUGGCUGGUAUUUGGAAAGGGUUGUAGUAACAGAUCUAAAAAAUCCACAUUGGAAGUAUUUCUUUCCUUGUGGACAAUGGUUAGCUACAGAUGAAGGUGAUGGUAGUAUUUGUCGAGAUUUAGUGGGCAGUAAAGAUCCUAUGGCAAUCAGAAAAGCAACAAAAUAUAAAGUAACAGUAUUUACUGGUAAUAAAAAAGGAGCAGGAACUGAUGCCAAUGUUUCUAUUAUUUUAUUUGGAGAGUUCGGAGAUUCUGGAGAAAAGAAGUUGUCAUCUCGAAAAAACAAUUUUGAAAGAAACAAAGUAGAUGAAUUCCUAUUAGAAUGUCCUAAACUAGGAAGAUUAGAGAGGAUUAGAAUAGGACAUGAUGAUACAGGGUUUGGACCAGGCUGGUUUCUUGAUAAGGUUAUUGUGGAUGAUGUUGCUGUCUCUAAGGUUUACGAAUUUCCCUGUCAACGUUGGUUAGCAUCUGAUGAAGAUGAUGGUCAGAUCUCAAGAGAACUCAUCCUCAAUUCUGGACCUAAUGAUGCCGCUCAAGGUUUCCCUUAUGUCAUCACGGUGGUGACAGGAGAUAAGGUCAGUGCUGGUACAGACGCUAGAGUCUGGAUUGUUUUACAUGGUGGUAAAAAUGGCAAUGAAUCUAGUGGCAAGAUUUGGUUGGAUUCUGGUAAAUUUGAAAGAAACAAGACAGAUCUGUUUAAUGUGAGCAUUGCCAGAAUGCUUAGUCCUCUGUCACGAAUUGACAUCGGCCAUGAUAACAAAGGUGCUGCAUCUGGUUGGUUUCUAGACAGUGUGACUAUAUAUUGUCCAAUGUCUGGUAUUGAACAGUUUUUCCCAUGUGGAAAAUGGUUGGCAAUUGAUGAAGGUGAAAGAGUCAUCAGUCGUACCUUGUAUGAACAAGAAGCCAGGCGGAAAAAGAAACAGAAGAAAAAUAAUUGGACAGUAUGGGUAUAUACAUCUGAUACAAGGAAUGCUGGUACUGACUCUAAUGUGUUUAUAUGUCUCUAUGGUGACAAGGGGAAAUCUGAUGACAUACAACUAGAAGGGAAGGGGGAUUCUUUCGAAUCCGGAAGUAAAGAUAUAUUUAAUAUCAAUAUUACUGAUGUUGUAUCUAAAGAAAGAUAUAAGUUUUACUGUGAUAAAUGGUUAGCUAAUGAUGAAGGUGAUCAACAGAUUGUAAGAGAAAUGCCUGCUGAAGGACCUGGUAUUAAAAAGCCUUUACCUUUGGAGAAAUAUAAAAUUGAAGUUCAUACAGGGAAAUGUAAAUAUGCUGGUACAGACGCCAAUGUUUUUGUCAAUAUAUUUGGUGAACGUGGUGACACUGGAAACCGUUUCUUACGUCAUUCUGACAGUAAUAUCAAUAAAUUUGAGAAAGGAGAUGUUGAUGAAUGUGAGAUUGAAGCUGUUUCACUGUCCAAAUUAAAGAAGAUCAGGGUCGGGCAUGAUGGCAAAGGUCCAGGCAGUGGUUGGUUCUUGGAUAAAAUUGUGGUCAAACAAAUUGGUAAUCCCAAAUAUGACACCACUUUCGAAUGCAACAGAUGGCUAGCAGAAGAUGAAGAUGAUGGAGCUAUAGAAAGGGAGAUAACUGCCAGCGGAUCUCAAAUGUUAAGUACUACCUCAUAUCAUGUGCAAGUGAAAACAGGUGAUGUAAGAGGUGCAGGAACAGAUGCCAAUGUUAGUUUGAAGAUUUUUGGUACUAAUGGUGAUACAGGUUCCAUACAGCUCAGACAAUCUGAUUCUGCUGCUAAUAAAUUUGAAAGAAAUAGAACUGACACUUUUAAAUUAGAAGCAACAGACAUUGGAAAGAUUAAAAGAAUUAAAAUAGGACAUGAUGGUACCAAGCCAGGAGCAGGAUGGUUUUUAGACAAUAUAAUUAUUGAUGUACCAUCUAAGGGCAAACAUUAUGAGUUUGCUUGUCAUCGCUGGCUGGCUAAAGAUGAAGAAGAUGGAUUAAUAGAAUUAGAGUUGGAACCAUCUGUAUCUGAAGCUAGAGAUAAAAAUAUACCAUAUGAGGUCACAAUAUGGACUUCAGAUAUAUCCAGUGCUGGAACAGAUGCCAAUGUUUUUAUACAAAUGUAUGGUGAAAAUGGUAAAACAGACGAACAAUUCAUGCAAAAUAAAUCAGAUGAAUUUGAAAGAGGAAAAUGUGAUAAAUUCAAGAUUGAGGCAGCUGAUGUGGGAAGAUUACAUAAAUUACGGAUCGGCCAUGAUGGUGCUGGCAGAUUUGCUGGCUGGCAUUGUGAAAAGGUUGGUCCUAAUUUUAUUUUUCAAAGACCAGUUCCUGGUACCAAAAAGCGUCGAAGGAGACCGCUUCAAAAACAGAAGAGUAGAUAUCUUGAUCGUGAUGAGUAUGAUUCAGACUCUACCAGUCCCUCGACUUCACCUCACAGACGACAACUUCGACGUAAAGGUACCAAGUCUAAUCUAGAAUCAGUGAGAGAAGAGGAAGAAGUUUAUGAUGGAGAAGAAACAGAAGAUUAUUGGUUCUUUGUGGACCGAUGGUUUGCUAAAAAUGAGGAUGAUGGUGCCAUUGUUAGAGAAUUGAUACCAACUGAUGAGAAAGGGCGACCAUUAGAUGACUCUUUACAAGAAUAUACAGUUAAGAUUUGUACUGGUGACGUCUGGGGAGCUGGUACUGACGCCAAUGUUUUUGUUAAUUUGUUUGGUGAUAAAGGUGACUCUGGAGAAAGACAAAUGAAAGAUUCUAACAAUGCUAAUAAAUUUGAAACAAACAAGGAGGAUAUAUUUACUAUAAGAGCUAUAGAGUUAGGGAAACUGGUAAAAUUAAAAGUAAGACAUGACAAUAAAGGAGGUGGUGCCGCCUGGUUUUUAGAUAGAAUAGAAGUUAUUGAUGAAAAGAACAAAAAGAGUUAUUUCUUCCCUUGUCAAAGAUGGUUGGCAGUAAAAGAAGAUGAUGGUCAAAUCUCUAGAGAAUUAGUUCCUGUUGAUCAAUCACUGAAGAAAAAACUCACAAGAAAAGAUUCUAAAUCAGUUUAUAAUGAAAUAGCUUUGGAACAAAAAGCUGCCAUGACAACAUAUAAUGUAAUGGUUGAAACUGGUAAAAAGUUUGGAGCUGGUACGGAUGCCAAUGUAUAUAUUAUAUUGUUUGGUGAACAAGACACAACUGGUAAAAUAUUCCUCAAAUCCUCACUGACUAAUAAAAAUAAAUUUGAGAAAGGUCAGAAAGAUGAAUUUGUUAUUGAAGCUGUACAGAUUGGAGAAUUGAAGAAAAUAAGAAUUGGACAUGAUAAUGCUGGUGGUGGCGGUGCCUGGUUCCUGGAGAAUGUAGGUAUAGAUGCCCCAUCAUUAGGUAGAAAAUGGAUCUUCCCCUGUGGUAGAUGGUUGUCAGAUAAAGAUGAUGAUGGAAAGUUAGAACGUGAAUUAUAUCCACAAGAACUAGCCACAGAAGAAUAUAAUCCAUGUAUACCCUAUGAAAUAACUGCAUAUACAAGUGAGAAAUCAGGAGCCUCGACCGAUGCUGAUGUGUAUAUUGUAUUAUAUGGUAAAGAUACUUGUACAGAACAGAAAUCACUUUGUCCAACCAAACGGGAAAGAAAAGAACAUUUUAAUAAAGGCAAUGUUGAUAAAUUUAUAGUUGAGCUUGAAGAUGUAGGAGAGUCAAUAGAAAAGAUACGUAUAGGACAUGAUGGUACUGGUUUAGGUUCUGGAUGGCAUUUAGACAAAAUAGAAGUCAGAAAACUCCAUGAGACUGGCAAGGGAUCUAUAACCUAUACAUUCCCUUGUAAACGAUGGUUAGCUAGAAAUGAAGAAGAUGGAGCUAUAGAAAGAGAACUAUUACCUGAUAAAGUUGUGAAAGAGGUAAUUGGUAAAAAUGGUGAAGUGAAAGCUAAAGAAGUCAAAAUCAAGGACAAACUGAAAGCUAAGACCUAUACUGUAAAUGUUAUAACUGGUGACAAAUCUGGUUGUGGAACAGACGCCAAUGUUUUUAUCACUGUAUUUGGUGACCGUGGUGAUACAGGUGAACGUAAAUUACAUCAAUCUGAAACUCAUAGAGAUAAAUUUGAGAGAAAACAGACUGAUGUAUUUAAACUAGAAGCUGUAGAUUUGGGUAAAGUUUAUAAGAUUAAAAUACGUCAUGAUAACUCUCUAUUGAACCCCUCCUGGUUCCUAGAUAGAAUAGAAGUUCUAGAUCCUGAAGACAAUGAAACCUUUAUAUUCCACUGUGAAAGAUGGCUUGCUAAAAAUAAAGAUGAUGGUAAAAUUGAGAGAACUCUUUAUGUUAAAAUGUCUAGUACUGGAACUCUUCGUUCUACUAAGAUAGGUUCAGUAUCCAGUUUAGAUUCUAUACGAACUAAUGAUCCAUUCAGUAAGAGUCCCAGAUUAAAUCGUAAACAGUUAUCUUCAUCAUUAGAAGAUGUCCCUGAAGGAGGACCUUCUAUUUCGUACACUGUGAAGGUCUAUACAGGAACAGGUGAAGAUAAUGGUACUGAUAGUAAUGCCUGGAUUACAAUCUACGGUCCUCGUAAAAAAUCAACAGGAAGACAAUAUCUUGACUUAGCUCAGAAAUCUGGAUUUGAACCUGGAUCAUUGGAAGUAUUUUCGUUAGAAGCUGUUGAUAUUGAUGAAAUUAAGAAAAUUGAGAUUGGACAUGAUGGUACCAAGCCAGGUACAGGAUGGUUUAUUAAAGAAAUGGAAGUUGAUAUGCCAACUAAAGGCAAACACUAUCACUUCAGUUGUAAUCAAUGGUUGGCUAGAGAUAAGGGUGAUGGCAAGACAAGUCGUAUAUUUAGUGUCAGUGAUGGUCAGAGUUCAGUUGUAUCUUAUAAACCUAGUAAUUAUGAAUUAACAGUAUAUACUGGAGAUGUAUCAGAUGCUGGUACUGAUAGUAAAAUUACUAUGACUAUAUUUGGUAGUAGAGGUUCCACUUCACCAAUAGAACUGGACAAAAAUCAGGAUAGAUUUGAACGAGCAAAGGUUGAUUUCAUGAAAAUGGAUUUAGAAGAUAUAGGUGAUGUGAAGAAAAUGAGAUUAUCUCUAGAUGGCAAGGGAUCUAGACCAACUUGGUUCCUGGAGAAGGUUGAGUUAAGAAACAUGGAGACUGGUUCUUUAUCAGUAUUCCAUCUAAAAGAUUGGUUAAGUAAAGAUAGCAUGUUAUCAAGAGAUAUACCAGCUACUGAACGAGGCAAAUUAGUCGUACACAAAACCAGCUAUAAGGUUAAAGUGAAGACGUCCGAUUUAAGAGGAGCAGGAACUGAUGCCAAUGUGUAUAUAGUUAUGUUUGGAACUAAUGGUGAUUCUGGGGAUAUCCAUCUUAAGAAACCUGAAGGUGGUAGAUCUCCGUUUGAUAAUAACCAGUUGGAUGAGUUUAUAUUAAAUGAUAUACUCAGUGUUGGUGAACUCAGUAAAGUCAGGGUAUGGCAUGAUAAUAAAGGAUUUGGUUCAGCAUGGCAUCUAUCAUAUAUUGAGAUAGAAGAUUUGAGAAGUAAGAAAGUCUAUAUGUUCCACUGUGAUAAAUGGUUAUCAACUAGUGAAGAUGAUAAACAAAUUAUAAGAGAGUUAACUUGUAGUAAUGCUGCUAAACCUGCUGCAUAUGAUAUAGAAAUAACUACCACAGACAAGAAAGAAGGUGGAACCAUACAUAAUGGAUGGAUUGUAUUAGAAGGUUUGAAACGUAAAUCUAAUAUAUUUCUUCUAGAAAAUAGUCCACAAAGAAAAAUACUAAGACGAGGUCAGACUGAUCAUAUAAAGAAAGAGAGUCUAGCACUAGGUAAAAUAAAGACCUGUAUAUUAGGAGCUGUAGAAAGAGAGGACCAACCUAUAACAGAUGAUUCUGGUAGAGCAGCUCAAUGGCAUUGUCAUGAUGUAACUAUAACAGAUACUUCUACUGGAGACAAAUAUAAAUUCCCAUGUAACCAAUGGAUACCAAUCUGUACUAAGAUAUCUAAACAUGAUGCUGUAGUAUUAAAACUUAAAGAUGUAGAGGAAGGUUUAGUACCAGUUGUUAGAAAUUUAGCACCUAUUAAAUAUGAAGUGAUAGUCUAUACUGGUGAUGAAAAGGGGUGUGGUACCAAUGCCAAUGUCUCUAUAACUCUGUUCGGUGCCAAUGGUGAUACUGGCAGCCGUCCAUUAAAACAAAGGUUUAGAGACCUGUUUGAACGAAACCAAAUUGACAAAUUCCAGAUUGAAGCCUUAGAUCUAGGAGAAAUGACAAAAAUUAGAAUAGAACAUGAUAACAGUGGAUUCCGUCCAGGAUGGUUUUUAGAUAAAGUAGAAGUAAUCAAUAUGGCCACCAAUGUUACGUCCUUGUUUCCAUGUAAUAAAUGGUUUGAUAAAGAUAAAGGUGAUGGUGAAAUCUGCCGUGAUCUCUUCCCUAAAAAGGAUUAAAUGAUCUCUUAAUAUUAAAACCUGAAAGUGCUUUAAAAUAUCACACGAUACCAUAUCAAGUGACUACUGCAAAAGAACUAAAAUGGAAGUUGCUAUGUUUUGUUAGAAUAUGUUGAGACAUUCCAUUGUUUGAUUUUGAAUUGUAUAAGAUGUCAUCUUAUGUCUAAGAUGUAUAUUCCUGUUUAAUUUAUAUAUAUUUACACCUUAUACUUAUAUUUAUAUCAAUUACACAAUCUAUUCAAUAUACAUGUAUUUAUUAUUUCUAUUAUCACCAAGAUGUAUAAUAGACCAUAGAUUGUAAAUUAUAAAACCACAAGUUUGUGCCAUUACCAAAAUUAGUUGUAAAUUAUGUUGUUUUUUUGAAUGUGGCCAACUUUCCUGCCUUUUAUCCGUAGGAACUAGUACUGUUGCAAAAUUGAAUAUAAAAGUUCAUUUUGAAAUAAAUGGGUUUUAUGCUCUUUAAUUUUAGAAAUUAUUUGUUAAACUUGUUUACACCUACAUAUUCCAUUUAAUAGUUUUUACUGAACAUUUGUGAUAUUUUAGAUAUUUUUGAAAAAAAAGUUUAUUUUAACAAAUCCAUUAUCCAUUAUAAUCAAAAUGUAAAUAUGUUUUAGUCCUCUUUUUUAAAAUAUAAUUUUUCUUUUUACACAAAAUAGUCUGUAGCAUGAUUCAUUAUUUUUGAAUGUUAUUUUCAAGCCUUUUAAUUGAUUGGAUAUUCUUAAAUUAAAAUUUGUAUCUGCAUGAAUAUGCAUAAAUCUGAAAAAUGCCUCUUGUCAAAUUUCAUGUCACAGAUCAUGUUUUAUGUUUAAAACAACAUCUUGAUCUUGAAUAGAAAUGCAUUUUGUUAUAAAAAAAAAAGGGCAUGUCUCAAUGUACCCCACUCUCCCCUACUUCAGAAUGAUCUGUUAUAUUAUUAUGAUCUCUCAUACUUUGCCUUUAUAUUCUAAUAAAUUGUAUCUUAGUUAUUUUAUAAAGUUUAAUCUACUGUUAAACUAGUUCAAGUAAACUACAUGAUUGUAUAAUUAAUUGCCUUAUUAUGUUAACAUACAGAACUCAGUCUCAUAUAUUGUCACAAAUUGUAGAACUUACUUUCAAUUAUGGAAUUUUAAAUGGAAAGAACCAUCAUUGAAACUAGUUGUUUGAUGUGUGUUAAUUUGAAUUUCAUUUGACAAAUGUUUGAAUGGUUCAAUAACAAUGGUUAAUUUUUUUUCUUAUGGGUAAUAAUUGAAUUGUAAUAUAUCUUUUGUUGGUUUAUUAAAAUAUUUCUUAGUUACCAAUACCUAUGAGAGAUACCUCUACUUUUAUUUUAUUUAUUUCAUUAUUAUUGUUAUCUUUAUUAAUAUUUAUUAAAAACCAUCUACUAUUUCA